UGCUGGUUUAUUGAAGAAGUUUGCUAAUCUCCUUCUCCAGCUCUGAAGCAGUCAGUUAUAAUUAAAAAGUUUCCUUGCACUAUCUGAGGACAUUGUAUUCCCUGCAUCUCUCUUCUCAAGCCGCUCUCAGCUGCAGACUCCGGUAACUCUCACCUCUCCUAAAGAACUGAAUCUGCUCAGCUGGAAAACUACUUCAAAAUGCCAAAACUAUAUAAAGAAAAGAAAUCCUCUGGAUCAGCAUUCAGAAAGAGACGAGCAGAGAAAGAAAAAGCUGGGAAGCAGAUGUCUGGAGAUUUAAAGAAGUACUUGACCUCUCACAAAAUCAGAAAGCAAGAUGCUCCUGCUUCAGAACCAGUUUCCAAUCUGGCAGACGAUCCAGUAGAUAUGGAUGAUGAUUCUUCAGCAUCAGCUGCAUCAUACAGACAGCCCAUCACAACCCAAGACGCUGCUAAUCUGGGUGAUGCAAACGCAGAGGAAAGACAAGAACAAGGAGAUGAUGAGCAACCUUCAACAUCAUCUGCAUCAUAUAUACACUCUCUUGAAAAGACUAUUGAUACAGAAGGAUCAAGUGAUGAAGAAAGAGAAGAACUGGUGCAGAAGGAACAAUCUUCUACUUUGGAGACUCUUGAUUUGUCUGAUCCAGCUGAUUGGCCAGCUGCUCUCACCACCUCACUAAGGGAUGCUAUUGCCAGGAAAGGUCCUGCAAAGCAAAAAACAAAUGUGGUUUUUCCCAAAGAUGCAUCCAAUGGACGCUUUACUAAAGCAAAUUACAAGCGACGGCUGCGAAACGGAGAAGAAACCUUUAGAAACUGGCUGGUUUAUUCUGUUAAGAUGGACAAAGUGUUUUGUUUUUGUUGUAAGCUAUUUGCAACUAAAACAACUACAAAUUUGACAUGCGGAGGAUAUAAUGAUUGGAAGAAUAUGUCUCAAAUUCUUUGCAUUCAUGAAAUGUCUAAUUCUCAUCUUGUUGCUGUAAGAGACUGGAAUGGACUCUGUAGAAGACUUGGAUCUGGAAAAACGAUAGAUGCUACUUACCAGAGAUUUUUGUUAGCAGAAACACAGCAUUGGCAAAAUGUUGUUAAACGGCUUGUAGGAAUAGUAAAGUACCUUGGUCGCCAGUGUUUAGCUUUCAGAGGUAGCAGUGAAACAUUAUAUAGUGAAAAUAAUGGUUAUUAUCUGCAACUUGUGGAAAUGCUGGGCACAUUUGAUAUGGUUAUGCAGGAACAUCUGAAGCAAAUUAAAAAUAAGGAAAUGUACCAACAUUAUUUGGGGAAGGACAUUCAGAACAAACUAAUCAGCCUUAUAGCUAAAUAA